AUGAGCGAGCUGCAAAAAUCUUUUGCCAAGUCCAGACUGGCCAAGCUGCCUCUCCAACCGCCAACCGGGCCGUCCAUGCAACCCCUCGACGAGGAGGUCAGUCACGACGAUGACUCUUCCUCAACCUCAUCAACAGGGACAAUAGUUCCCUCACCCAGCAGACAACUGUUCGCAAGGCCAGGACGCGGAUCCGUCCAACAAACAACCCUCCCCUGGACAGACUACUUCACCCAGGAGCUCUAUCUCACACAAAUAGACACACCCAACAACACUAAGAUCACUCACCAUGUCUACCUCACACCACCAGCAGACUCCUCCAGUCCUCUCUUCGUCAUGCACCACGGCGCCGGCUCAUCCGGUUUAUCAUUCGCCGCAUGCGCCGGCGAGAUCCGCAAAAUCAUCCCCAAAGCCGGCAUCUUGUCCAUAGAUGCACGCGAUCACGGCAGCACGGCAGUUACCCACGCCUCAGACGAGGACGGGGGCGAGGGCAUCGAGCUAGAUCUAAGCCUCGAGACGCUCAACCGGGACCUCGUCUUCGUGGUCCGCGAAACCCAGUCCCGAAUGGGCUGGGAGAGUCUCCCCGAUCUGGUCCUUGUCGGCCAUAGUCUAGGUGGUGCGGUGAUCACCGAUGUAGCCAGACAGGGCGAGCUGGGAAGUAAAGUACUAGCAUAUGCAGUUUUGGAUGUUGUAGAGGGAUCCGCCAUGGAUGCCCUUCAAAGCAUGGAAACCUAUCUCAUGACCCGCCCAUCGCGCUUCCCAUCCAUCACUUCAGGGAUAGAAUGGCACACCCGCUCGCGCACAAUCCGCAACAAAACCUCCGCCCGCGUCUCCGUCCCCUCCCUCCUUUACGAAGAUCCCAACUCACCCGACCCCACCAAACCCUGGAUCUGGCGGACUAAUCUCUCCGCCACAAAACCCUUCUGGGAGAACUGGUUCGUCGGUCUAAGUCGCAAGUUCCUCGAUGCUCGUGGUGGGAAGUUACUCCUCCUAGCGGGGACAGAUCGUCUCGAUAAGGAGUUGAUGAUUGGGCAGAUGCAGGGUAAAUACCAACUACAAGUCCUGCCGGAAGCAGGCCAUUUCAUUCAGGAAGAUCAACCGGCCAAGACGGCGCAGAUUUUGGUAGACUUUUAUAAGAGAAAUGACCGCAGUGCCUUGGUUUUGCCGCCUAAGGUGGCGGAUUUGCAGGCUUCGGCGGCGAUGAAGAAGGGGGCUGGGAUUGGUGCUGGUGCUGGUGCUGGUGCUAGUGCUGGGGGAUUGUUUAAGAAGAUAUAA